CCAAAUCAAUGGGCGUUGGCUAUAAAUAUUAUAAUUCAAUUCUCUCUCUUCAUUUCUUGUUCCACCUAAUUCACUUACCCAUAAUUCGGUUAAAACCCAGAAACGAACGUACAUGAAAUUAUCUUCUUUCUUAGGCUGUUUCAGCAGCCAAAGACGAGGAGAAGAAGAGGAAGAGAAAGAAGAAGAAACAGAUCGAACCGGGGGUCAAACUGUUGCAAAUUCAAAAUUUCCCGUAUUCUCUUACAAUCAAAUCAAAACUGCCACUCAGGGAUUCAGACACAAGAUUGGAGAGGGAGGAUUUGGUUCUGUUUACAAGGGACGGCUUCCAAAUGGGAAUUUUGUGGCAGUCAAAGUUCUAUCUGUUGAACUUGAAUCAAUGAGAGGAGAGAGGGAAUUCAUAUCUGAGAUUGCAGCAUUAUCUGAUAUAAAGCACGAAAAUCUUGUUAUCCUCCGAGGAUGUUGUAUAGAUGGAGCUAAAAGACUUCUGGUCUAUGAUUUCAUGGAAAAUAAUAGCCUCUUCCACACAUUUCUUGGUGGGGAACAUAAUAGGAUGAAAUUUAAUUGGACGCUGAGAAGAAACGUAUCUUUAGGAAUUGCGAAAGGACUUUCAUACCUGCACGAAGAAGUCAAUCCUCACAUUAUACAUCGGGAUAUCAAGGCGAGAAAUAUACUUCUGGACGAGAAUUUUACGCCAAAACUCGCAGAUUUUGGUCUGGCUAGGCUGUUCAGAGAAAACAUGUCACAUAUUAGUACUCGAGUGGCCGGAACUUUGGGCUAUCUUUCUCCAGAAUAUGCAACCAGCGGACAUUUGACCAGAAAAUCGGAUGUCUACAGCUUUGGAGUAUUGUUACUGGAAAUUGUCAGUGGUCGUCCUGUCGUUGAUUACCAUUUACAAUAUGGAGAUCAGUUCCUAGUAGAAAAGGCAUGGGAAAUGUACAGUUCUAAUAACCUGUUGGAGCUAGUGGAUUCUGUAUUGGGCGGAGAUUUUCUGAAAGAAGAAGCUAUCCGAUUCUUAAGAGUCGGUCUGCUAUGCGUGCAAGAGACGACAAAGCUCCGGCCUAGAAUGUCCACGGCAGUUAAGAUGCUGAACAAUGAGAUGGAGACGGAAAAUAUUGAGAUAACACGGCCUGGACUAGUCGCUGAUCUGAUGGAACUUAAAAUACGCCAGAAUCAAUCGUCGCAUUUUUCUUCUUCGCAGGCAUCCAGUAGCACGGGAAGUUUCCAAGCAAGAUGACUCGAUAUCACAGACUAGAAGUAAAAAGAACUCGAGAAUUUUUACAAAUUUGGGACAUUUUGAAGAUUCUUCUAGUCAGAGUUCUUAGUAAUGUAAUUACCGGAGAGCUAGGAGUACAUAUUGCUUUCAACUGUAGUCACUGAAUAUUGCAUUAUUCAUUCAUUGUAUAAAGAGAGUGAACAGUAAUCGUGAUUUGAUCAUGGUGGUUUUGAUAAUUGGCAUGUAACGAUAAAAUUUUGUUAAAUAUCAUAUACGAAUUGUUUGUGUUU